AUGCAUUGGAAAGGAUUUCGACUGGGUGCGUUAUAUGACAGUGAAUCGAAACGAAACUUGGCCGAGCCUCAGCUACAGGCCCGCCACAGCGAGCAGCUUACUCGCUCUACGCUCUCAACGACCAACCUUCCAUCGAGAGCUUCCGAGUCCUCCCCUCGCUCUGCCACCCCCACAGGUCCAGAAGAUGAUCGAGGUGAAUCAGGCGAGGGCAACAAUGGUGCCCCCGCUGCGGGGAAUUCAUCUUUCAAAAGCAAGAGCCCUAGCGCUCUACACUCCAGUCGGGAUACCUUGAAUCGGCGCGGGAAUAGAUUUAGUCUCAUGAGACUGCGUCAUGCUUCUGAUCCUCAAUUAUCCAAAACAUACGCCAAAGGGGAAACUCAGACUCCACCAGUGCCCGAAAUACCUCCGCCUCCUACUAUAAUUACUACCGCGCCUACAAGUCAUGAAUUGGACCAACCCGUAAAGCGAAAGGGAAAGUUCACUUUUCUUCCGGACCUUAGAAAGUUGUCUAUGGACGAACUGCCGGAGCAGCAAGCUGCCCCAAAUGGCAAGGCAAAACAAUCUCAAGAUUCGGCGGGAUCGCAGAGUGCGGAUACGGCGUUGGCAACCUCGAGUAACAGCACCGAAGGGCCGGGACGCCUUUCAACAACGUCGAUUCGGAGUAGUGGUGGUCGCGAUCGACCUCCCAAUUCACAUCGUUCCUCGGUAGCGGAUGUUCGGUUCUCUGAAUCUUCUCGCUCCGAUCAAAGUGCCGGUAAUGGUAUUUCUCGAACGAACUCCCCUAUCGGAGGCACAACUUCUAGCCAUAAGCGAUUUCGCAUGCCCCGCCUGAAAAGAAACCGUGUUCAAUUCCCAUUACCACCAAAACCCACUGAAUCGCAGUCGGGUGACACACAUGCACCGGGCUUAACCCAGUUUCGGUCCGUUCCUGACGGGCCAACUCGAGGCUCCGACGCCUCAGAUGGACAAGAUCACAUUUCCCCGUUGCCGUCUCCCUCACGGUCAUCUGCAGGUUUAUCAAACCCACGUCCGACUAUAUCUCGAAAGGAUUCAUCCAACUCCGCCCAUUCAACCCAUUCUACACCGUCGGCCCGUGGUCCGUUUAAGAGCAGAACCAGGUCCUCGACAUUGGAUUCGGUCACCAACAUGCGCGACGCCGACCAACAACCGUCUCCGAACCAACCCUCAUCUGGGAGAACCUCAUUUUCGACCACCGGCCGCAAAAGUUUUGGUGAUAUUUUCGGUAUUUCACAACGGUUAAGGCAAAAUUCGGAGCCUGGUUAUAUUCGAAACAACGGGUCACCUAGUGGCACGAAAGGCGCGUCAACACCACUUGCGAAAGUCCAGUCUUAUCCAAAGAGAGAAGAAGGUGACACUCCCGCAACAUACCUCUCACGGCUCGAGGAGAACAUUCCAAAGAGUGCGAUUGCGGGAGUCCUUUCCCAAUCUGGCGAGGAGUUUUAUAAAACCGCCUUGCGAAAGUUCAUGCGGGGGUUUGCUUUCUUUGGCGACCCUAUCGACAUGUCCAUUAGAAAACUACUAAUGGAAGUGGAGCUACCGAAGGAGACGCAGCAGAUCGAUCGUUUCCUCCAGAGCUUCGCAGACCGAUAUCAUGAGUGUAACCCGGGAAUCUUCGCGUCUACAGAUCAAGCAUACUUUAUUGCUUUCUCCAUUCUCAUCCUGCACACAGAUGUGUUUAAUAAGAACAACAAGCGCAAGAUGCAGAAGGGAGAUUAUGUCAAGAAUACACGCGGCGAAGGUGUAGCGGAGGAUGUCUUGGAAUGCUUUUACGAGAAUAUCUCUUACACGCCUUUCAUUCGCAUCGAGGAUUCCAACCACAGUACCCGUCACUUAGCGAAACCCAAGAAAGCCUUGUUUCGGGUUCCAAGCGCCGAGAAUUUGUCACGCGUGGCCAGAGAACCUGUUGACCCCUACGCGCUAAUUAUGGAUGGAAAACUUGACACUCUGCGACCAAGUUUUAGGGAUGUCAUGAACAUAGAAGACCCAUACCACUGCAACCCAACCACAGGCCCACCAGACAUGGACAGUUUGCACCGGGCCUUUGCCCAGUCAUCUAUCCUGCAGAUUGUCUCCGCACGAUCGCGACCCGAUGCUUUCAUGCCAGCUAGCAUGGAAAAUCCUGCCGAUUCCAACCCCGGACUGGUCGAUAUCAAGGUGGCCAAGGUCGGAUUGCUCUGGCGCAAAGACCCGAAAAAGAAACGGGCACGAUCUCCGUGGCAGGAAUGGGGUGCCUUACUGACCUUGUCCCACUUGUAUUUCUUUAAGGACGUGAAUUGGGUAAAGUCCUUAAUGGCUCAGUGUGAUACCCAUCGGAGAGAAGGACGUCGCCGAGGCGUGGUGUUCAGACCUCCGCUGACCGAUUUCAACCCCGUUGGGAUGAUGUCUACGGACAAUGCGGUGGCUCUCCUUGACACCAGCUAUAAGAAACAUAAGCACGCCUUUGUAUUUGUCCGCCGGAACUCCCUUGAGGAAGUCUUUUUGACCAACAAUGAGGCGGACAUGAAUGACUGGCUGGCAAAACUCAAUUAUGCAGCAGCGUUCCGAACAACGGGAGUUGGGACUAAAAGCAUGGCCGUCACGAAGUACGAUGCCCAACGGAAUCGGAUGAGUCGUCGGGCCUCCUUCAAGUCUGAUACAUCGCGGAUGUCCAUGGAUAAAGACCCAGCCUGUGAAAGCACCGAAAGCGAUGAGUUGAUGAUGGCUCGCAACCGAUUGAUUCAACAGAAAAUUAAGGAGGCCAAUGAAUCUCUAUUCACCACCCAAAAGCAGCUAGACGAAAUUCUGAGGAACGCUAGGCAUCUACAAGUGCUGACUCCUGUCCACUCGCGAGCAAGAGAGCAAUUGAUUAUGGCUGCCGGCCGUAUGGCAGCGAAGCUCAAGUGGGUGAGGCAGGAUAUCUGGCGUACCAAAAGCCGCCGAGAGGUGCUAGUCCGCGAUUUGGAUAUAGAGAAUGAACAACCGCAAACAUCGCCCGAAUCGCAUAGUCUCCGGUUGCAAAUACCAAAAUCUAACUCCUCUCUGUCUGAAUCGGCUGCAGGAGACCUCAACGGGGACAAGCAGGUGUCGCCAAUGACUGCCAAGUCCCCCAGCAUACCCCCCGAGAAACCACCAUCCGUCAACCAAAUAUCAUCCCCGACGUCUAGCCUGGGUGGCGUACGUCGGCCUAGCCUUGCUACUUCUGUGACUUCACCUGACCUCUUGUUACGUGCGGGCAGAGCACCGUCAAUUGAUAACGUUCAAGAGCGAACGAAAUCAGCUUCUCCCCAUCCAGCAAGCUUGGAGCGUGACCCUUCGGUGCUCAGUUCUGGCAGCAAAGUGGAUGCUGCGAGUCUCGCUUCCAAGACCUCCAAAUUGACGCUUCCCGGAAGCUUAGAUGAUGGCGAGGAACGUCUCCUGCGGGAGGCAGGAUUGUUGGAUGUGAAUAGCUCACCGUCCCGCAAAGGAUCCGUUACUGUGGAGAGUGUGGAUUCCGAAUCAAAGAAGGAUGAAGGGCAUGAUGGAUCUCAGGGUGACCGGAUGAGUCGAGUUCGCCACAGCUUCCACCGCACAUUACGCGAUUCAUCCAGCGGUCAUCAUGGGAAUUACCCCCGAAGUAAGAAACGAGACUCCACACAAAGCGCUGCAGCGGAAGACGGCCAGAGCACAGGCGAAGGGGCGGGCGGCCUGUCACGUAAGGGGGGCAGCUUCACUGUGCAUGGGAAAAAGGCUUCGAUUGUAACUUUUGGGUCCGACUGGCAGAACAUGCCGCCAGAAGAGCGUCUCAAACUUCGAAAGCCUACUCCGUUGGAAGAACCGCGAGCGUCCGACACAGAUCUAGUCAGUGGUGGUGAAUCCGUCCGUUCUGGUUUGAGAGCGUCAAUGGACCUUCCGGUUCCACCAAGGCUAUCCGAGGAGAAGGUUGAUGAUAAACUAGACACGCGCUCAGUACGUUCUGAGAGCGCUAUGUCCACAAUAUCCCAAGAAGCCAUUUCACCAUCAACCGUCAUCCAUGAGGGACAGACCCGAGUGUCGAAGGAUGGCGUCGAUGAACACCAGACGCCAACAUUACCGCAGCCCGUACACGCAUGA